GCGUUACCACGUGAAACACAUAACCAGGAAAUACUUUAGUAUGUCAGCUGUGGAAACUGAAACUUAAGUGUUGUCAAGCUGGUGCAUGUGUGUCUCUAUUUGGGUGUAUUGUAUACAGCGAAAUGGCCGAAGCCAGUUUUUCUCAGGACCAGUUCAGCUGUCCAGUUUGUCUGGAUGUACUGAAGGAUCCAGUGACCAUUCCCUGUGGACACAGUUACUGUAUGAGCUGUAUUACAGACUGCUGGGAUCAGGAGGAUCAGAAGCUAAUCUACAGCUGUCCUCAGUGCAGACAAAACUUCACUCCUAGACCUGCUUUAUGUAAGAAUGUUAUGAUUGCUGAGAUGGUAGAGAAACUAAAGAAGACACAUUUACAAACAGCCUGUCCUCCUCAAAGUUACGCUGGACCUGGAGAUGUUGGGUGUGACGUCUGUACUGGAAGAAAAUACAAAGCCGUCAAAUCCUGUGUCGAGUGUCUGCACUCUUACUGUCAAAGUCAUCUUGAACAACAUGAGAGUUUCUUUAAAGACUGGAGACACAAUCUGAUGGAUCCCACUAGACAACUCCAAGAGAUGAUCUGCCCAAAACACAACAAACAGCUUGAAAUCUACUGUCGUACUGACCAGCAGUGCAUUUGUUAUCCAUGUUUGAUGGACGAACAUAAAAUCCACGACACUGUAACAGCUGAAACUGAGAGGACAGAGAAACAGAGGCUUUUGGGAGAAACACAGAGAAAGUUCCAGCAGGGAAUCCAGGAGAGACAGAAGCAGCUCCGAGAACUUAGGGAUGCUGUGAAGUCUCAUAAGCGCUCUGCACAGGGAGCAGUGGAUGAGAGUGAGAGGAUCUUUACCGAGCUCAUCCGCUCCAUUGAGAGAAGCCGCUCUGAGGUGGCAAGGCUGAUCAGAGAUCAGGAAAAGGCUGCAGUGACUCAAGCUGAAGGACUCUUGCAGCAACUAGAGCAGGAGAUUGAUGAUCUGAAGAGGAGAGAUGCUGAGCUGGAGCAGCUUUCACACACAGAUGACCACGUCUAUUUCCUGCAGAGGUUUCAGUACAUCGCUGCACCUCCUGAAUCUGCAGACUUACACAGCGUCACUGUGAGUUCUCUCUCUUUUCAAGAUGUGACAAAGUCAAUCUCUCAACUGAAGGACAAACUAGAGGGUUUCUGUAAAGAAGAGGUAGAAAAGAUCUCUAAUGGAGUAACAUGCAUUGAAACUCCCACUAAUGAACCCAAGACCAGGGAACAGUUUCUUCAGUAUUCCCAUCAGCUCACUCUGGAUUCAAACACAGCAAAUCGUUUCCUCCUUCUCUUUAAAGACAACAGUGUGGCUACUUAUACUAAGACACCUCAUCGCUAUCCUGCACAUCCAGACAGAUUUGAUUGUUGUUUGCAGGUGUUGUGUAAAGAGAAUGUGUGUGGACGUGGUUAUUGGGAGGUUGAGUGGAGUGGGAGUAAAGGUGUUUUUAUAGCAGUGUCAUAUAAGAGCAUUGGCAGGAAGGGAGGGAACAGUGAGUAUGUAUUUGGAUUUAAUAAUCAGUCCUGGGGUUUGUUCUGCUCUCCCUCCAGUUACUUGUUCAGGCACAGUAACAUUGAAACUGAGCUCCCUGUGUCUCCCAGAUCCUCUAAAAUCGGAGUGUAUGUGGAUUACAGUGCAGGAACUCUGUCCUUCUACAGCGUCUCUGACACAAUGACCCUCAUCCACACAUUUCAGACCUCAUUCACUCAACCUCUCUAUCCUGGAUUUGGGUUUGAUUUGGGGUCAACAGUGAAAUUGUGUCAUCUAACAGUGUAGACUAUACUGUAAGUUAAAAAAAUGAAAG